AUCUGGACUCAAGCAGGGAGAUGCGCGUGGCCGAAUUUGACGAGAUAAUUGGGAAUAGAGGACGUUAAGCAUAGGACUAAUACAGUAGAUACAAUAAUUGUCCAAACGUUUGUCACAUUAUUGUCAGGGUAAAAUAUGAAAAAAUAGCCUGGGAAGAAUUGGAAAGGUGCAAACUACCAUGGAAGGGGACUGCGGUUUGCAAAGCGCACCGGCACUACACAUCUAGAUCACCAUUCCGCUAGACGAUGAGAUUAAUUACGUGGGUUUUAUAUUGGGUUGAAGCAUUGUUUUGCAGACUAAUUUAGCAUCUCGAUGGACUGUAAACAGUAUUGCAAAUUGUAUGCAUUUCAACGGAUGAUAUUCUGAGUACGCAACAAUGCCAUUAAUUUAUAUAAAUUAUAUUUCUUAACCCAUCUCUGGAUCUGCGCACAGUUGAAGGAUAAAAUAUAAACUAAAAGUGCGACUAUUUUUUGUUUUUGUCGUUGUCCUCUCGCUAAUGUGUUUACGUGUUUCAUCUGAUGGAUUAGUUUAACUGUCGACUGUAGCCUAUGUAGCUCGAAGGGAACUGUAUCCUUCACCAAUAUUUUGGGGGAGAUUCAUCGGACUUGCAAUACAGCCAAAUCAUGUAUGCUGGACGUAAAAGGAGAAAACCAGUCCAGAGAGCCGUAAAACCGCCACAUUCAGAAGGGGCCAAGUCGAACCCCUCGAAGCGCCACCGGGACCGUCUGAAUGGAGAGCUGGAGAGGCUGGCCAGCCUCCUCCCCUUCCCUGAGGAGGUCACCACCAGCCUGGACAAACUCUCCAUCCUCCGCCUUAGUGUCAGCUACCUCCGGGCCAAGAACUUCUUCACCGUUGCCCUGAAGAACUGUACUUGCAGUGGUGGCAGCGCUGACAACAGCAAAGCCACAGGAUUGGAGGACAGUUGGCUGCCCGAAGGAGAACUGUUGCUGAAGGCUCUGAAUGGCUUCGUCCUGGUGGUCACUAAUGAUGGGACCAUUUUCUACUCCUCUCACACCAUUCAGGAUUACCUGGGCUUCCACCAGACUGAUAUUAUGCAUCAGAGUGUGUAUGAGUUGGUCCACACUGAGGACCAGCAGGAGCUGAGGAGGAACCUCCACUGGGCCCUCAACCCACCUGCCAUCAUGGACACACUGGGAAAGUCCUCCUCAGAUGUGGAGCCGGAGAGCAGCACCACUGUGACCUAUAACCCUGAGCAGCUCCCACCAGAGAACUCCUCCUUCCUGGAGAGGAACUUCGUGUGCCGCUUCCGCUGCCUCCUGGACAACUCCUCUGGCUUCCUGGCCCUGAGUCUGCAGGGCAGGCUGAAGUUCCUGCGUGGUCAGAACCAGCGGCAGGAAAACAGGGUCAAGGCGCCGCCCCAGCUGGCCCUGUUUGCCAUCGCUACGCCUCUCCAGCCCCCCUCCAUCCUGGAGAUCAGGACCAAGAACAUGACCUUCAGAACCAAACACAAGCUGGACUUCACCCCCAUGGCCUGCGACGCAAAGGGGAAAAUUGUGCUUGGGUAUACUGAAGCUGAACUUCGGGUGCGAGGCUCUGGGUAUCAGUUUAUCCAUGCGGCGGAUAUGUUGUACUGCGCUGAGAACCAUGUCCGAAUGAUGAAGACAGGGGAGAGCGGUCUGACCGUGUUCAGGCUCCUCACCAAGGACAACCUCUGGAAGUGGGUCCAGGCCAACGCCAGGCUGGUGUACAAGAACGGAAAACCAGACUACAUCAUCGCCACACAGAGGCCUCUGAUGGAGGAGGAAGGAGGCGAACACCUACGUAAACGUUCCAUGCACCUCCCCUUUACCUUCGCCACAGGAGAGGCCCUGCUCUACCAGUCCAGCCAUCCAAUUGGACGCUUCAACCACAGCACCCAGGGCACCGAGAAGAACGGCAACAAGUCCAAGAAGGGCCGGAUUGACAGGGUGUCCAGGGAUGGCCUGGACCCGGGCUCCCUCUUGGGGGCGCUGAUGAGUCAGGCUGAGUCUGUAUAUGUCUGCCAGCCGGCCUUGGAGCCCCAGCUGUCCUUCCACAGCAGUCUGUUCGGAGACCGGGUCGGUUUCUCUGACUCCGACCCCACCGCCCUGCUCCAGGGCUGGGAUGAGUCGUCCAACGGAGUGGUAGGUCCGGGCCUUCCAGAACCGGCGUCGAGCUUCGACCCUAUGCUGGCGACCCUGGACUCCCUGUCCCUGGGGGGUCCGGGGGGUGGGGUGGACCGGGAUGGGGAUGGAGGAAAUGGGGAGAACUGUUCCAACGGGGAACUGUUUGGGGCUUUGGAGGGCCUGGGACUGAGCGCUGAGGACCUGGAGCUGCUGCUGCUGGACGAGAGGAUGAUCAGGGUGGAGAUGGACCCUGAGCGGGUUCCCACCCUGGAUGACCUGCUGACCAACGAUGAAAUCCUGUCCUACAUCCACGACUCCCUGGAGGCAAAGACAGAUGGGGCAGAGGACGGGGACCAGGUACCCUCCACUAUCCCAGGAACAAAUGCCCCAGAAACAACCACAAAAACAGCAAAAGCUCCUGUUGAAAGUAAUCCCACUUCUGCCACCAAUGUGUACCCUCAGUACAUUCCCCAUAAUUCCCCCAUAGUUCAGCAGAUGCAGAAGCACCUCAACAUGCAGCCAGGGAGGGCGGUCCAAGACUGGGUCCAGCAUAGCAACCACUUGCCCCAUCCAGUGGUGAAUGGACUGCAGGGGCAGAGUCAGCCAAUACACAACGGAGAAUGGACAUCCCUACACAUUCUAGCCAAUACAGGGGUACCGGUUGACGACUGUCACACCCCCCAGACUCUGUUAAAUGGAAAGGCGUCAGAGCCGGAUGGGGACCAUCACUGGCGGCAAGCCCACCAACGUCAACACCACCUCCAGCAGCAGCAGGCCCUGGUCCAGAGACCGCUCCCUCACAGCCAUGCCAAACAUCCAGGCGCUAAUCUCAACGGAGUGUGUGGCAUUCCAAACACACACACAGAGCAUCUCCCAGCUGGCAAAAAGCAAUGGCAGGACAAUAGCUACUGCCCCCCUGGGCAAACCACCCUGAACAGCAACCCCCCUGGGCAAACCACCCUGAACAGCAACCCCUCUGGGCAAACCACCCUGUACAGCAAUGCCUCUGGGCAAACCACCCUGAACAGCAACCCCCCUGGGGAAACCACCCUGAACAGCAACCCCUCUGGGCAAACCACCCUGAACAGCAACCCCUCUGGGGAAACCACCCUGAACAGCAACCCCUCUGGGCAAACCACCCUGAACAGCAACCCCCCUGGGGAAACCACCCUGAACAGCAACCCCCCUGGGGAAACCACCCUGAACAGCAACCCCUCUGGGCAAACCACACUGAACAGCAACCCCUCUGGGCAAACCACACUGAACAGCAACCCCCUGGAAACCACCCUGAACAGCAACCCCUCUGGGAAAACCACCCUGAACAGCAACCCCUCUGGGAAAACCACCCUGAACAGCAACCCCUCUGGGAAAACCACCCUGAACAGCAACCCCUCUGGGAAAACCACCCUGAACAGCAACCCCUCUGGGAAAACCACCCUGAACAGCAACCCCUCUGGGAAAACCACCCUGAACAGCAACCCCUCUGGGAAAACCACCCUGAACAGCAACCCCUCUGGGAAAACCACCCUGAACAGCAACCCCUCUGGGAAAACCACCCUGAACAGCAACCCCUCUGGGCAAACCAUCCUGACCAGCAACCCCUCUGGGCAAACCAUCCUGACCAGCAACCCCUCUCGGGAAACCAUCCUGAACAGCAACCCCUCUGGGAAAACCAUCCUGAACAGCAACCCCUGCCUUAACGAUGGCCAGGUACCUCUCCUCACACACACCACUGUAGACACUUGUAUGAAUUACACUAUGGCUGAUGUUCCCACCAUGGACUAUACCAUCAACAGAUGUACAUAUGGGGGGAACGGGCGGCACCACGGGACCGGGGCUGCCAUUUUGUCCUACCAGAGGAUGAACCACAAGCAGCUGCAGCAGGAGAAGCUUCCCCCUCCCUUGGCUCAGGUGCAGUGCCCUCCUCCCUCUGCUACAGUAGAGCAGAUCCUUGUGGUUGGACACUCUUCACUGGAGGCCAAUGGCAUGGUGACCUCUGACAUCCCACACCUCCCCAACCACAGUAAGAUUGAAAAUGGCUGCAUUCUUAACGGGACCUACUCAGGAGGCUGUGUUCUGCCCAAUAGGAGUGGUGCCCUCUAACGGCCAACUUCCCUGCCCUGACACUCUCCAGACCCCCAGACCUCAGGCUUUUACCUCUGACUGGGGACCUCUAGGGGACACUAACUGACUGGAGGGUCCCAUCCACCCUACCACUGGACCAGCUUGUUACAGUAGUUGACAUCAAAAGCAACACUUAGGCCUAAAUAUUUUUGGUACAUUUGUUUGGUUGGGUUUGAUGUUUCAUAACAUAAUUAUCAUUUGAGUCCUUUGUUUACAAUAUGACGUCAGAGUGCGAAAGUUGAGUUUUAUUCUGUUUUUAAUAAUCUUAGUCUUAGAAUUGUUGUUUCUGUUUUUAAAUGUAAAAAAUAUAUAUAUUUUUAGUCCUGGUGGAAGUACAACAUGGUCAUUGGUAGUCAUGGAGACACCACCUAACCCUGCAUGUAUAGAUGCUUACGGCACCAUCACAUUUAUGAUUUGUUGUGACACAUGACAUCAUGAUCGGUGUCAUGAGUUGUCAUACAACAGGAAUGGAACCUUCAAAUGCAACGUCCAGUGCUCAUGAGUUUCCUCUAUUGGGGAACGUUAAUUAAUUGUUUUUAGAACAUUAAUGUAAAGGAAAAAACAGGUCUAGAAUAUCCUGCACUUUAUUUCAAGCACCCAGUAUGCAGAUACGGUAGUCGGUCAGGGAAACUAAGGUUAUUUACGUCCCCAAAAAAUGAUAGAGAUGGACCUUCUUUUACGUUUUAAUAUUUGAGGUUGGGAAAUCUGUAACAAUUGUCUUUUUGCUCUAUUUUUGCGGUAUUAUAUUUCAGGUGAUCGGUUGAUGUCCUCACACUUCUGUACAAUUGUCAUAUUUUUGUUCACUUGAAUUAUCAUUUUGUUGUUGUCGUUGACAUCUUGUACCUCUGUGAGAGUUUGUCCAAUACUAAGGUCAACUGACUCUGAACUAGCUGAAGGCUGCUUUGAAUUCAGUAUUUAUUCAUUUGUGAUUCAUUCCUCUAACAUACAUUACAAGAUACCAUCUUGAUGAGAUGGGAAGUACUGUAUAUCGUUAGAAUCUAAACGUUGCCAGCAACUAUUCCAGUCUUAUGAUGUUGAUCUAAUGACAGUUCACUGACAAAUUUGAAAACCAAAUGAUCUCUUCUGGAAGGAUACCAUUUUGAAUGUUUUAUGUAAAUACUAAAUCAUUUGGGCAGUAGUGCUAAAUAUAAUUAUUUCAUCAUGGAGAUGCUGAAAAGAGAUUUCCUUGUAGUUGUUACAAUAAUUAUCGUCAUUAUUUUUGUUAUUAUUACCAUUAUUGUCAUUUAUUGUGUUUUAAGUUGAAAUGUGAUACACAUGUGGUUUCAGAAUCAACUUGGUUUAUUUCCCCUUUCUUUUUUUACUAUUAAAAUGUUUGAUAUAUUUAAUAUGAUUGAUGUGGCCUAUUAACAAUAUGAUUUUUUAAAAAGUGUAAACAAACAGCAAUGGUUUUGAGAAAUACAGGUAUGUAAAGUUCUGCGUCAUUUCACUUGUUUUAAAACACUGCUGCUUAUCGAACUCUUGUGUUGACUACAGUGCAUUCGGAAAGUCUACAGACCCCUUGGCUUUUUCCACAUUUUGUUAUGUUACAGCCUUAUUGUAAAAUGAAUUACAUUUUCUCCCCCCUCAUCAAUCUACACACAAUACCCCAUAAUGACAAAGUGAAAACAGGUUUUUAGAAAUGUUUGCAAAAAAAUACUUAUUUACAUAAGUAUUCAGACCCUUUGCUGUGAGACUGGAAAUUGAGCUCAGUUGCAUCCUGUUUCCAUUGAUCAUCCUUGAGAUGUUUCUACAACUUGAUUGGAGUCCACCUGUGGCAAAUUCAAUUGAUUGGACAUGAUUUGGAAAAGCACACACCUGUCUAUAUAAGGCCCCACAGUUGACAGUGCAUGUCAGAGCAAAAACCAAGCCAUGAGGACAAAGGAAUUGUCCGUAGAGCUCGGAGAAAGGAUUGUGUCGAGGCACAGAUCUGGGGAAGGGUACCAAACAUUUCUGCAGCAUUGGAGGUUCCCAAGAACACAGUGGCCUCCACCAUUCUUAAAUGGAUGAUGAGUGUGCAAAGCUGUCAUCAAGGCAACGAACGAGUGGCUACUUUGAAGAAUCUCAAAUAUAAAAUAUAUUUUAAUUUGUUUAAUACUUUUUUGGUUACUACAUGCUUCCAUAUGUGUUAUUUCAUCGUUUUGAUGUCUUCACUAUUAUUCUACAUGGUAGAAAAUAGUCAACAUAAAGAAAAACCCGAGACUGAGUAGGUGUGUCCACAUUUUUGGACGGGUACUGUAUGUAAAGGUGAUUUUUCAAACCUGUUUAUGCUGUGUCAUGGGGUAUAGUGAGUAGAUUGAUGAGGAAAGUUAACAUUUUAAUCCAUUUUAGAAUAAGGCUGUACAGUAUGUGGAAAAAGUGAAGGCGUCUGAAUACUUUCCAAAUGCACUGUACAUGUACUCUCACAUGUCACAAAAAAAUGUUGGACUCUUCUUGAUAUUCCAAAAUGGUGCCAUACUACUGAAACUCAAUUCAUUUAACAUAUUGAGAACUUUAUUUUGAGUCUUUUACUCAGUCACAUUGAAUUGAUUUUAACAUGUGAACAGGAACAGAUGUAGUUGUUAUGAGAUACAUUUAGACCCAAGUCCUUUGACUGCUUGUUUCAAAUUAUUAUUUUGGUCCUUUGAAAUAAAGGAUUUUUGCAAUCACAUU